CGUCUAGGCCAUGGCGGGGCAGCGCGGCAAAGAGCCGGCGAAUUAUAUCGCGCGCCUCUCGGAAUGGGCAGACGCGCAUCUCACCCUCAUCCGGAAUAUCAGCACAGGAAUGGCAAUCGCUGGAGUAAUUUUACUUACAAAGAGUGUUAAGUUGACAACCAAAUUCACAAAUGCUCUGGAAAUACCGAUAGAAUUUAUAGAAAAGAAUGUUAAACUACGGGGACGGUUACACCAGAUAACAGAGCAAGGAUUAGAAAUUGAACAUGUUCCCAUUAUCCUUCCGAUAAUUUCAUCGCUGCAAAGGAAAUGGCGUACAGAUGGUUUACUGCUGGUCAGGCUUGCUGGUGUGGCGCUAACACCAGAUGGUACUGUCUGGUUACAGAAGGAGCUAAAACCCUCCCAAAUGAUGUGGUUCCAGCUUCUCGGAAGAAAGGAUUCAAUGCUUGAUUGCCUCGUGGUGGUCAGUAAGGGCAGGUUUUCGAGCAUCUGUCUGAAUGAAGAAAUCCUGAAACAAGGGCUUGGCAGGACCGUCCGGGUCGAAGGACUGUCUCAUGAAUCCAGGAUAUACUGGAAGCUUCACAAGAGGCUCCUCCAAGCUGAACUGAAGGCUGUGAAGAGAAGUAAAGGGAUCUGGAAAGAAGCAACGUUCUUUGAGAAACUUAGAGAGCAUAUAAACAAUAAUAAAUAUGUGCAGAAGCUAAAACAGUUUGCGACCUGGCUACGAAUCCGCCUCUGAAACCAAAAGGUUUGGUUUGGGAAAAGAAGGACACCAGAUGGACAAGGCAGCAACUUGUUAUGUUUUCCCUUCUGCCACAACAAUAUUCCAAGCUGAUGUCUGGCCGUCUGUUGGUGACUCCUGUCUCAUGGGAAAAGAAGAUGGAAAAUAUCACACAAACAUUUCCGGGGUGGGUGGGGUGGAUGGAUCGUGGCAUAUGAUCUGGUUAGAUAUCAGAUUGAUCUGGUGUGACUAUAAGGGUGGGGGUUUAAACAAAAAGAAGAGCACACGGCUAGGCUAUGUAAUGGCCCAGUGAGAGAAGAAAAAGCCUCACUGAACAGAGGGAGAGAGAGAAAUAGAUAACCUACAACACCACAAAUCCCUAGGCUCUGUACAAAAAUGAAAAAUAAAACAGGCUAACCAUCUAAAGGUGAGGAAGUGCUGCCUGAAGGCAAGGAAAAGUCUAUCCUCUGAAGUGCUUAAGAGAAUGGGCCUGGCUUUACUUUCCAGGAAAUAAUUCUAUACUAAGCUGCCUUGGGCAUUGUGGAAAGGUGGGAUAGGAACAUUUUAAAUAAAUAAGCAUGAGCAUGUGGCACACCUUCCCAGCAAGAUUGCACAUAUAUCCCAGUACACCUGACCCUCUUAGCUUGUGGCAGCCGCAGUAUAUGCAUAGGCUCUGCUUGUAAUGGCAUCAGCCUUUAGCUUGGUGGUAAUGUACGUGCUGCCAUCGCCUGUGGCACACAACCCUGAAAGGCUUUUAACCAUCAGAGCUAAGUUCAGGGCGUGGGAGCAACAUGUACAGAGCUUUGUUGCUUUUGGAAAACGGCACUAGCCAACUAAACAAAAUAACAGCCCUCCACUGGAAAUGGUGUGUGUGUUGGCCCUCCAGUGUUGUGGCUGUGCUGCAAGGUUGUUGCGAGAGUUUGUCCAUUGUGCCACACUGAAGCGGCGAACAUCAGUUGCGGUUCUCGCUUUCUCUUGGCUCUUCCCAUAUAUUUUGCUAGGCUAAUGCCAGUACUCUUCCCGAAGAAAUGGAGGUGGUGAUGACCCACCCAAGUGUGUAUUAGAGCUUAUGUCUGGCUUGGUCUAAAGCUUGUUUCUCAUGUAACUGCAUUGGAAGCUGUCUGAUGUGAUUCUGUGGUUGAAAUCUGCUGCAUGGUAUAUAGAAACUAACUUCAUUCAAACAGCUUCCCCUUUUGUGUGGCGCCCAUUUUGGUUGCUGACAGUGCGAAGCAAAUCUUACUCCUUUUGAAGGGACUGAACAGCUUGCAGAGAAAGUACAUCUGAUACUCAGUUUAUGGACAAACUAAUUUUAGAUUAAAACUGUCCAAAGUACACAUAUUUGGAAGCAAGUUCCCUUGAAACUGAAGACUUGCAUCUAAGGCACUGUGUACUGGGUUGGGGAUGUAAGUUUGUUUCUGUCUAGCCUUCUCAGUGUACGCCUGCCAAGGUUAAUUGGCCCAAUCGCAAGAUCUGAGCACGGGGGUAUUUGUGUUUAUGUUGGAGAACAUUCUGUGCUUUGAACCAUUUAUUUUUUGCUUAGCUGGAACCUCGGAGCUUGAUGAUAAGGUUACUGUUUUAAUAAUCGUAUCUAAAAAUCUGGACAGUAGUAACGUUC